AUGCCUUUAUUUUCCCGUUUGACCGCUGCCGUGCGGGUCUUUACUCUGUUCCUCUUCCCUGUUCUUGCUGCAUCAGUUUCACAAGAGUAUGACUAUGUCAUCGUUGGAGGUGGACUUACGGGGUUGGUCGUUGCGAACCGAUUGAGCGAGGACAAAACCAAAUCAAUCCUUGUCAUUGAGAGCGGUGAAUCUGUCGACAAUGAUCAGACUAUGGUUCCAUACAAGGCCAACGAUUUCGCUGGAAGCGCCAGCUUAUUGUGGGAAGGAAUUAAUUCAAAUCAAGAGCCAGGACUUGGUAACACGAGCUAUCCUGUCGUGGUAGCCAAAGUUCUUGGUGGUGGAUCUGUCGUCAAUGGCAUGGUCUACGACCGAGGCUCAGCAGCUGACUACGACGCGUGGGAAGCUCUAGGGAACAAUGGGUGGGGCUGGGCUGGUAUGGAGCCAUACUUCAAGAAGGGUGUAACCUUCCAGCCCCCCUCCAAGAAAAUUGCAGAAGAGUUCAACAUUACAUGGGACCUAGGCACAUACAGCAACGGUCCACUGACAGUCAGCAUCACGGACAGCCAAUUCGAGGAUGUGAAAGAUUAUUGGAGCGCGUGGAAGGCCUCUGGUGUUCAUGUUCCUGUAGACGGCAACAAAGGCGAAGCUUACGGCGCUUCAUGGUACCCUAAUACUAUGGACAGGACAACUGGCCGACGAGCUCAUGCGCGCUAUGCCUACCUGGAUCCCAUCACAUCGCGUACCAAUCUGAAAGUUCUCACGAAGGCAACUGCAACUAAGAUCAUUUUCGACGACGAGAAAAAGCCUACCAUGGCAAAGGGAGUUGAUAUCACCUACGAUGCUACUGGCCAAGCCCGCACAGUCUACGCCAAAAAAGAAGUCAUCAUCGCUGCCGGUGCCAUUCAAACUCCCAAACUCCUACAGCUCAGUGGGAUUGGGCCUAGAUCUGUUCUCAAUGCCGCUGGUGUGAAGGUUCGAGUCGAGCUUGAUGCAGUAGGCUCCAACUAUCAGGAUCACCCGUACGCGACAUUACUCUACAAAACUACUACGGGCAAUAUAACGAUAAAUUCCCUGCUUACUGACGCUACAUAUAAUGCGUCGGCUUGGGGGGAAUACGUCAAGAAAAAGACCGGCCCGUACACCUAUGCUCGCGGUAACGCUCUUGCAUUUGUCCCUUUGCCCAACAUGGUCAAUAACACGAACGACAUUGUUAGCACUAUCAACAGUCAGAACAUCGAGGCCUAUCUACCUGCUAUUUACAAGGGCAACAAAAAGCUAAUUAAGGGGUUCACUCGCCAGCGCGAGAUCAUCGCCAACCUAUUCACGCGCCUUGACGCCGCUGUUGCUGAGUAUGGCGUUCAGUCUGACGGAUCCUUCAACGUCAUAGGUAUUGAGAAGCCUUUGUCACGUGGCACAGUCUACCUCAACCCAUCGAACCCCGCAGGUCCACCAGAUGUGACCCACAAUGCCUUUGUCAAUCCCGUCGAUCGUAGCAUCAUUGGCAUUGGUCUUCGUUUCUACCGCAGUAUCAUGGCCGAUCCUGUGCUCCACCGCUUCCAGAUCUCUGAGCUUGUCCCUGGCUCACAAUACUCCACAGAUGAUGGGAUCUUCAAUGCGCUGCUCGCCCAGGGCUCUCUUUCUCCCACCCUUGCGCACUCUUCUGGCUCCUGCCCCAUGAUGCCUGAGCAUGCAGGUGGUUGUGUCAGUGACAAACUUCUUGUUUACGGUACUCAGCAUCUAUCCAUCAUUGAUGCAUCAAUCAUUCCUCUUAUCCCGGCUUGCCAUCUGCAAGCUACUAUGUAUGGAAUAGCAGAGAAAGCAGCUGAUAUUAUCAAAGCUAGGUAG